UUAGGUAUUUUUGCCGUAAAGAAAAAUGAAUAUGUAUUUAUCUUUAACAUAUAUUGAAUAUUAAGUAUUUUUGCCGUAAAAAUAAAAUAUUAAGUAUUUAAACAUAACAAUUCUAAAAAUUGAGUAUUUAUGUCGCAAAUAUCACAAAAAAUAAUUAUGGGAAUGAUUUAGUAAUUUCAUGAAUAAACAGUAUUCUAUGAUUUCAUUUCUCCAUUUUUCUUACCAGCAAUUUAGAGGGAUUACUACUCUCGUACAUCCUCUUUAUUCUCCCUCCACCUUAUCAAACAUAGUGUACAUGAUGGUGUUGUUUAUAUCCAAAAUAAAAAAAAUAAAAAUAAAAACCAAAAAAAAGAAAGAAAACAACAUACAAAGUUAUUUAUGGAAUUUUUCUUAUAAAUUGUCAUAAUUUUUCUCAAGAGGGCACAGUAAAAGACAGUGAAUUAAAACGUGUUUAAAAGGCAGCCCUUGAAAAUCGAUACCCACUAUCCCAUAUUUGUAGCACUACCAUACAAAAAUAGAAAAAAUGAAGCUUCUACAACUCUGGCCGUUAAUUGAAAAAUAGAGCUGUUUUCCAAGAGAGAUAUUUCGUCACUUAUAUGAAUACAACGGUAUUGUGAAUAAAAAUAAACAUAACUAACUAAACUAUGUGAAGCAAGUAUGUAUUAUCUAACGAUUCAUCAAAUAGGAAAUACGUGCAAGAAAAUGAAAAAAAAUACGUGUAAAGAAAGAACAUGUCAAAAAGUAAUGAUUUAUACAAUAAGAAAAAACCACGACCAGUGAUUAAGCUGCUUCAUUGACCUUAUAGAGGUUGAGUUUUUUUCUAAUUAAAGUAUAAAAAUAAAUUGAAUUUUUUUUUUCAGCAUGGUGUCCACUUCAGGAGUAACGUGGGUCCUCAGUGGGAGGGAGGGAGUUAACGACAGUUAUUUACUAUGUCAAAAUUUCCCGCUUGAAAUAGUUUUAAAAUAAUGUUCAACAUCCUAGUGUUUUUUGCUACUCCCAAUACUAAAACCAAGCUCAUACAGACUUCAAAUCAAAUCUACAUAACAAAAUUAUUAUUGAAAAAAAAUGGCAACUGCUCUUACAAAGUGUAACAUUAUGAGUCUUCACUUUGGUACUAAGUUGCUUUUCAUGUUAUCCAUGUUUUGUUUCCAAAGCGUUUGUGUUAGUGCAAGAGAGCUAUCAAGGAAAAAAGCUGCAAGUGUUGAAGGGAAAAGAAGACUCUUUCAUGCAUUCAAUGUGAAUAGCUUUGGUGCUCGAGCAGAUGGCCAAACCGAUGAUACCCAUGCUUUUAUAUCAGCAUGGGAGAAGGCUUGCGAAUCCAAAGGUAGAGUGGAACUUUUAGUACCAAGAGGGACAUACUUGAUUGGCCCUCUUAAGUUUUCAGGCCCCUGCCAAAAUGUAUUGUCUCUCACUAUUCGAAUCGAGGGUUAUUUGAAGGCUUCAACUGAAUUGUUCAAGUAUGAUUCUGGUGGUGGUUGGGUUGAGUUUAGAUGGCUUGAGGGGAUAAUUUUGACUGGAGGUGGUACUUUUGAUGGCCAAGGUGUUAAAGCUUGGCCUUACAACAAUUGCCUUGAAGACUCCAACUGCAGAAUCCUUCCCACUAGUAUCAAAUUUAUGGCAACAAACAGGACAGUAGUCCGAGACAUAACUUCAAUAAACAGCAUGUUCUUUCAUAUAGCUCUUGUGGGAUGUAACAACUUCAUAGGUAGCAAAAUCAAGAUCAUAGCCCCUGAAGAUAGUCCAAACACCGACGGAAUCCAUGUCGAAAGAAGCUCUCAUGUCUAUAUUUCUCGAUCUAGUAUAGGUACUGGAGAUGACUGCAUAUCAAUUGGACAAGGGAAUUCUCAUGUGACCAUAACAAACAUCACUUGUGGACCUGGCCAUGGCAUCAGUGUUGGAAGCUUGGGAAAGUAUCCAAAUGAGAAAGAUGUAAGUGGGUUAGUAGUAAAAGACUGCAAAAUGACAGGGACAAGUAAUGGGAUUAGGAUCAAGACAUGGCCUAACUCACCAGGAAGUAGUGCAGCCACCAAUAUGACAUUUAAGAACAUUGUAAUGAACAAUGUGAGCAAUCCCAUUAUAAUAGACCAGUCCUAUUGUCCAUCUUCAUCUUGUUCCUGCAAGGCACCCUCAAGGGUGAAAUUGAGUGACAUAUACUUUAAGAACAUAAGAGGAACAUCAUCAUCUGAGGUAGCAGUGAGUCUAGAAUGUAGCAGAGGAUUUCCAUGCCAGAAUAUCUACCUUGAAAAUGUUCAUCUGGAUUUGUCAUCAGGGGAUAAGAGUUCAACUUCCUUGUGCAGCAAUGUCAGAGCCAAAUUUAUAGGCACCCAAAUCCCACCCCCUUGUUACUAAACUGUUUUUGUUUUGAUGAUCCUAGUUGUUCUCAUAAUCAUUUAUACUUUAUUCUGCAGUUUCUUAAUGGAUUGGAUUU